AGGACUGCUACGUCAGAUCCUGAACUUGAGCGCCAUUUUUUCCUCAACAGAGGAAGAAAGGGACAAAAGCUGGACCAAAUAUAACUUAGCUCUGCAAACACCACCUCUCGGAUUAGCCUCUAUUUUACACCCAGCGGUGAACGCAGAAAGAGGAUGCUGCUUGGAUGAGCAUCUGCGUGCAGCGGACGCAGCUUACCGACGCACUCAGUUGAGGGCCGGCGGAAGUAAAACGGCAGCCGUGUCGGAGGUGGCACAGCGACAACUAACGUUAACCUGCACUGAAAAUACACCGAGGUAAAUAUUACUGAGGAGGAUGUGGGCAUCCUCAAGCGUGAGACGCAGCGUGUCCUGCUUAAUAACCCGGCUCGUCCCUGACAGCGUGCUGUAAGGAGCAGUUAAAUGACUCCAGGGUGGGCAGCAGCACAGACACAAACGCACACACGGGGAGGCAGCAGCACUGGUAUACAGUGAAGCUGUGUGAACUUACAUGAUCAAAAUGUAUUUUGUUAAACUCGUAGUAGAGGUUGAUUUCCAUGCAUGCAAUGAAAUGCCACGUUUAAUUCAUAUUAGAUUUGCAGCGAGAUACUGAAGUUAAAUCAGCUGUUGCACGUCAACUGUGGUAUUUAAUCUUAUGCCGACCUAAUUAUGAUUUUUGUUUGUUUGUUGUUGUUUUGUAGUUAUUCUUUUUUUUUUUUUUUUUUUAAAUUGUUAUUCAGUUUUCAUUUAAAUGUGUUUUUAGUAGUCUCCUUCAAACAUGAUCAGGUCACACAUUUACUCCUUGAUUUUUGACUGGUCCAUCCUAACAAAGUGAAAGUGGUUGAUUUCUCAGUCUUGGCAAGGAGAGGAUUCAACACAUGUGCCACCUGCUUUUAUCCCCUUUACAAAAAAAGGUUUAUUGGUACUCUCUGUGGGGCUCAACAAAGUAUUUAUUUUUUAGUGACUUGCUCUCUUUUGGAAUUAAGUAAUAGGUCAGUUACAAAUAAGGGUUUGCAUCAUGAGUAAUUCAAAAAUGUUUUAAUAGAUUGUUUUAAAAGUUUGCAUUAGGUUUAAAAAGAUGUAUAUUUUGUAUCUCUGAUGGUUUCAUAUAAUUUCAAUUUUUUUUUACAAAAAAAUUGGAUGCAUUUUUGCAAUAUAGAGCAGGAGAAAUGCUGAAAACGGUUAGCAUUUUUUGAAUGAAUGAAUGAGUUUUUAUGGUUACACCACAUUGACAUUUUUCCCAUUAUUCUCUGAAUAUUCUCUCAAAAUUGAUAAAAUCUAGAAAUUUUAGACAAGGUCUUCAAAAAGAGAAUGUAUCCAAGUAAAUGGUGAAUAUAUCUUUGUAUUUUAGCCCUUUUUAAAUUUAAGUAAACCAUGGGAACAAAAAAAAAAACAACUGUCACGUCAUGGACCCUAAUAACUUAUGUUACAAAUUAAAAAGAUAUGUCAAGCUUGAAAACAAAAUCAAACUUCUGAUGUGGCCUUCUUAAUGACCUAGUUUUCAACCAGCGACUCUCGAUAAUACUUAUACAUGGUGGAAUGAAAGGGCAAUGACUGCUCUUUGUAUGCUCACUGAAGGCCGAUCUUUUAAAUCAUUUGAAACAAUUAAAAAAUAAUUUAAAUUAGAGAACAGGGAUAUGUUUCGAUAUCUACAAUUGAGAGAUUUGUUUAUUAAAGAAAUUAAAAUGAAUUAUCAGCAGAGAUAAAGGAGGUUGUUGCAGUCCUGAUAGGAGCAUACAAACAAACCCCUUCAAGGAUGUUCACAAAGCUGUAUAAAGGUCUCCAGAAAAGUAAUGGCCAGAAUUCUUUUUCUAUAAAGUCUAAAUGGGAAUUAGUAAAAAAGAAUUUAGAAAUAAAAGCUCAAACUAUGACUGAAUCGAUGAAUAGAUAAGGAAAAUAGUUGGUGAUUAGUUUUCUUGUGAUCUGAAUUUAGCAGCUCUGUUUAUCAUUACUCUGUGUGCUGGUGCCUCUGUUGAACUUCCCUUGUGUCUUUAACAGGACACAAUGUAUCAGCUUCCAGUUGGAAAUAUUGAGAAGAUUCGAAAGGCACGCAAGUCUGUGAAAAACAUACUGACAGAGAUUGGGCUGGAGGACUGCCAAAACCUGCUAAAGGUAUGAUUGUUUUGGUGUAAUCAAGGAAAUUUGCAAUAUUCUAAAAUAUGAUUGUACUUGUUACAUAUUUACUCACCAAGUGUACUGAUGCUAUGGUGUUCCACAUUUUCUCAUCCCUUUCAGAUGUCAUAGGUGAUCUAACUAAAAGCUGUUUUUAAUCUAUUUUACUGCACAGCUUAAUCAGAGCAGUACAUUCCCUGUACAAUAACAGUAUAGUUAAGAACAGUUUUAUUCUGAGAAAGGGUUGUUGUAGUUGGGUACCAGAAAUGUUAAUACCACCAUUUUGAAAGAAAUUCAAAUCAGAUCCAGCUUAAAAUGGUCCCUCAUCCAUUCAGAGCGAUUCAUUUGUUGUUAUGGAAACAGGACAGGUUGGGGAUAUGGUAUUAUGUGUACAUUUUUCUGGGAUGUUAAGUAGAUAAUGUUACAAAUCACUGGGCAGAAUAGUCCCUGUACAGUCCACAAAGAUUGAUAAGAUUUUAUUACAAGAAUCUUUUCCUCUUAUUUUUUUCAAAUUGAUUAAAACUCAUUCAUGUUUAUCUAAACUUCACCCACAACAUGAUAGGAAAUGGUUGCAACAUGUAUGAUGAUAUGUAGUGAUCAUAAUGACCACAGCAUCAUGACCGCACAGGUUUUCCUCAGAUGUUGUUAAAUGUUUGUAGGCAUUUGUUUUGUAGAACAUUUUACUCAUCUACAUUAAUCAAACUGCGGAUUUUGCCGAAGUCAAAUGCAGCCAAUCCUGAGGAUAUUUGGUAAAACUGUUCUCAUCGGUUUGGGAAUGGUUUGUGUUGAAAAAUUGGCAUUGUUGCUUUUCAUUUUCACAAUACCUUUUGUCCUUCCUAAUACUGCAGUAUAGCUUAAGAUGAACUUGUUCCAAAACCCAUCUUUGCUCAUGUACCAUUCACUGAACAGUUUCUCAUACUUUUACUGAUGAAGUUGUGGUGCAUUUUGCCCAAGGUGUAGUGUACAUAUACAUUCAAUGCAAAACCUUGUCCACAUGCUUUAAACAAUGGACCUCCAGGUAUGUACAACAUUAGCCACAGGUGUUUCAAUGAAGUUUCACUGCCUCAUCUUUACAAGUGGUCAUGUAAAAAGAUCACUCUAGAGCUGGGGAGGACGUUGCUUUACUCCACGACAGCAGAUUUACAGACCUGUCAAAUCAUGAAGCCUCCAAAACUGCUUACUUUCUCAAUGAUCACAAGGUGAGCUUAUACUCCAAGGACUAAAAGCAACUUUGAAAGCAGGACUUGUAAAGGACAUGUCACUAUUUGUCAAACUGUGAGUUUUAUACAUGUGGUCUAUGUGUGUGUUUCACUUUACAGAAUCUAAAGGAAAACUCUGAGAAAACCUCAGAAGAAGAUGAUACCUUUCAGGAAACUGAGUGGGUGGAUUUCACUGAUGGACACCAUGGCAGACAGUAUAAAAAGGUGAAUGUGACAUGUGGUAAACAGAAUCUUGUUAGAGAGAAGAGUUGUGAUUCCAGGGGAUGCAAUGGAAAAUACUCUUUGUGUAGUAAAUAAUGUUUCAUUAACUGAUAUAACUGACUGUCUCUUUCUUUCCAUUCAGUGGCCUUAUCGGUCGCGGUCUUUGUGCUGCAACCUGUGCAAGUACUCGACUAAAAACAUCUACAACUUCAGGAGCCACGUGUCUCGCUGCCAUAAAUUUGUGCAGCCCUACUGUGCACUUGCACCCUGUUCACAGUGCCUCUUCAUCGGCCACCCCAAGGUCGUCAAGAAGCACAUGAUGUUCUUUCACACCAAACCCACCAAUCAUUUGCAACCAACAAGGGAAGCGCCUGUACUCACUCAUCGGGGAAAUGAGCGGUACCAGUGCAGAAAAUGUGGAUUCCAGGCUUCUUCCAUCUUCGUGAUGAAAAAGCACAUUAUUCUCAAGCACCUGGAGAGAAUGGCAGAACAGUACAUAGGCUACAGGUUACACCUUCAAGGCACUACGUCUGUAAAAGUCCACUGCUGCAAGGUGUGCAGGGUGAACACUGGAACCCUGGACCAAACGUUACAUCACAUGUUGGUGGAGCCGACGCACUAUUCAGUCAGAACACAGGUGCAAAGCUUAAUUUAUGAGAACAAGAACUACACCAUUAAAUCAACUCCAAAUGGAAAUGGAUUGUUUGUGACAUUCCCGAGCAUCGCUCCCAAACCCCAAACAACUCAAAUGUUCAACAGCAAGCCCUUGGUGCUUCCAAGUAAUGGCCAGCCUGCUGGUACUGUGGUGACAUUACAGCAACUACCAGGAGCUACAAACAGUACUACUCUGAUCUGUACCCCUGGGACCAACCAAGCUUUCCUUCCCCCGCAGGCAUCAGCGCUGGUGCAACUAGCUAGUGCCGAGGCUAAAGGUCUGCUCCAGCCUGGCGCCACUAUUGCGCUCAGAAGUGCGUUGCCUCAAGCACCACCGAUGGUCCAGCUCCCAGCUAUGUCCAGUAUGUCUCUGAAACCUGCAGCAAUGGCUAUAGCGCCGUCCUCUCAACCUCAACAGAAUUCACAAGCACAGCAAAUCUUUCUGCAGUCAGGACUGCAGGCCAGUAUGGCAACUGGCCCUGGACCUGUUACUACUGUUUCUAAACCUGCCGUAGUUACGCAAAAUGCACCAGUAAACCAAACAAACCAAACAAACCUACAAGGUACCAUGCUGACUUCACAGUCUCUGUUGAGUCACCUGAUCCCGACCGGUAACAAAGUAAACGGCAUGCCCACAUAUACUUUUGCCCCGUUGCAAGCACCAGUGCCUAACAGUCAUAGUACAAACACCCCUCUGAAGUCAAUCGAGCAAUCAAGUAACUCCUCGCCACAAACUAAGAAAUGGAUUACCUGUCCACUCUGCAAUGAACUUUUUCCCUCCAAUGUCUUUGAGAUCCACACAGAAGUUGCACAUCAGACAAAAUCCACUUCAGCCAAGUCGGAAAGUGUGGCAGCACGGGCAGCCUUCUUGAAGAAAAUGCCAGACAAGACCAUUAAAUGUCUAACAUGCAAAAUUCUGCUAUCAGAGAAAAGUGUCUUCCAGCAUCUGCUCCAUGGCCUGAACUGUUUGUACUGCUCAGCUCUGUUCUUCUCAAUCAGGCAGCUUGCAGAGCAUGUUAAGCUACAUAGUCCCACAAGCAGGGCAUACUGUGAUUUUCUGAGACAGAAGUACAGGGUCUACUCAAAAGCUUCUGGUGGCAUUGUGUUUCCUUACUUUGAUGUCCACACCACGGCCCCUAAAGAGGUCUUGGGGGACACUGAGGUAAACCUUGCCCUCGUCACAAACACCCUUGACUUGAUUUUCUUUAAGCUACAGCCAUCCAGCCUGCCAGAAAUUUGCUCAGCGCCUGUGAAAAUCAACAGCACGUACUGUCCCUUCUGUGAUGAAAAGUUUCACAGUGAAUCUCAACAUCUUCAGCAUCUUAAAGAGAAACAUUUUGUAGCACCCACCAUUCAUGCGAUCCUGAAGACGGAGGCUUUCAAAUGCAUAUACUGCAACGGUGUGUACACAGGAAAGGUCACCCAGCAAGCUGUGAUGCUUCACAUUCAGCGAUGCCGUUGUUCACCUAAACCGCCACAACCACAGCCACCUAAACCUAUAGUAGCACCCCUGCCUCCACCAAAACCAGCUCAGCAGAUCACCCAGCCGUCCGGACUCUACUUUCUCCAAGUACCACAAGGGCUGACAGUGAAACAGGCUCUGGCGCCAGCUCGCGUGAUUUCCGCUGCACCCCCUCCAAGGCCUCAAGAGACAGAAGCAGAGAAGCUGUCCAAGCAACGGCUAGAGGCGGCUUUGAGGCAAGUCAUAGAAGCCAAUAAACGAGAGCGAGAAGCAAAGGCCGCCAUUCGAAAGAAACGAGAGCAGGAGAAGUUGUUGCCCCCUCCAGAGCCUGUGAUUCAGAGUGACCCCACAGUGAAGCUGGCUCUGGAACCCAACACAGUGGAGCGCCGCAACAGCGAGGAGCGCAGAGAUUUUAUAUCCAAAUACUUCAACGUCAACCCCUACGCGACCAAACCGGAGACUGAGGAGCUGUGCAGGAGGCUGUCGCUCACCAAAGCAGAGCUAGCAGCACUCUUCAGCAAGAAGCGCAGCAAAUGUAUGAAGAGCCUCAAAAGAAACACAGCGGCCAUUCUUCUCGGGUUCAACAUGACAGAACUGAGCAAAGUGAAGCACAACCUCCUCAUCCCAGAGCCGCAAACUGUGGACACGGCAGAGCCCGAGCAUUCUCCAGAGCAGCCUGCAGAUCCAACAGAGCCGAUGGAAAAGAGUGACAAUGGACCAGAACCAAUGGAUGAAAGUGGCAGUGAUAAAGUUACAGGUGGAGAACAGGUGGAGCCAAUGGACUGUGUUUAAAAGAAAAUAAAAACAAAACUGAUAAUGAGAAGUAAUGCAAAUGCAGAUGUUCUUGAUUAAAAACUGAAUUAACUCCAAUAUUUUAACUAUGGCCUCUUAUGUUGAUAGCUGCUAGAAAAAGUUCAUCAUGCAGUGCAUACAGUGUAUUCCUGAACAUACGAGUUAGCUGUUAGUGAGGGCAGUUAGUUAAUGUAGCCUUCAUUAAUAGUGCUUUAUUUAUCGGUAUGCUGUCAAUGGUGUAUAUUCUAAUUUCCACAGUAAUGCAAGACCGCAUUACAAUGCUCCUACAAUACAGUUACAAAACAGACGUGUUUGUCAGAUGGUGUCAGACUGUUAAUCUAAAACAGUAUUUAGCUGGUUAUCAUCCCUCAUUCCUCAAUGGCUACUGAUUUUAUCUUGAGCACUGGUUUGACCCUUCAAGCUAUUUUUUGCACCCUUUAUUUAAUCCCCUUUGUAAAAAAAAACAACAAAAAAACCCCAAGUGAUUUUCUACAUCUUUGCUGGUGUACUCAUAUUCCUUUGACCUUACCUUGAGUUGCUUUUCUAUUUAAGUUUCUUUGUGUGUCUGUUGUUUUUUUUUUUUUUUUACCUUUUUGGACCUGUUGUACACAUCUUCCGUGUCUUAUUUUGUAUUUUUCUGCCGAUCUGAAGUUUUUCACGGGCCUUCCUUCUCCACAUUUAAACUGUUGCUUGAUCACAAACUCCUGCAGACAGUAUAGGUAAAUGUUCACCUUCAGACUAAAUUUGGGAGAUUGUACAUGAUAGAUUUAGCGGGAUUCUUAAGUGUUCAUGAACGCUUGGUUAUUCAAAGUUUCAAACCAUGUUGCCUGCAUGAGCAUUGUUCAAUUAGAUGAAUAUGAGUUGUGCCAUAGUGAGUUCUGCAUAUUUGCAUUGACUUGUGAAUGAUAAUCUGGAAAAUCAACAAUAUUAUAUUAUUGGGUGUUUAACACAGAUACCGUUUGUUCUCUUGACAGCUUUGUUUUGUAUUUUCUGUAUUUUUUAUGAUUCCAAAAAGGUGAACUUUGAGAAAGGUACACAUUCUCAUUCUGUCCAAGGCCACUGUGUUGUCAAAAAUAAAGUGGUUCCCUUUUAUGAGUCAUUUGUUUUUAGUUUUCAUUUCCUAAUAAAAAGUGUAUUUAAAACCAAGCUGUGUAACAGCACCAUACUGUAUGUUUAUUUUUUAUGUACAUUUGAGCUGAAACAAAUUAAACUUUUCUCAAAACGAGACGGGAUGCCUCGAAGGGCAAUUCCUGAUAAAGAAUUUAAUUAAAACAAUUAGCAGGAAAAGAAAAAUUCAUGUUAAAUGAACUUAAAAAUGAGUUACUGUCACGUAUGAGGCUGAUAAUCUCAAAAUCAGUCUUUAAUCUCCUUCCAUGAUAUGCAUUUCAGUUUCUCAAACAAUAUUCACUUGUCAACAUAAUUUUCAAAUUACAUGAUGGUACUUAAAAUAUGUUGGGCCCAGCCAAACAUAGCAGUGUAUAGGUGCAGCUCAAAAAAUGACAAUCUUAUUGAAAAGUUCACUUUUUUUUCAUAGUUUAAUUCAAAAAGUGAAACUUCCAUAUGUCCUAGUUUAAUCACACACUGAAAUAUUUCAAUACUUUUGAAAGUAUUGAGAUAUUUCUCCUUUUUUAUGUGAUGAAUCUAGAAUAUAUGAAAGUUUCACUUUUUGAAUUAUGGAAAAAAAUGUAAUUUUUAGGUAUUCUGAUUUUUGAGCUGCAUAGACAGUACAUGUGUUAUUUCCUUCAAUUGUUUGACAGAUUUCUUCUUUAAGAUCCAGCUUGCACUCCUUAUGUACAUAUACUAUCGUUACUAUCAUUUAUUUUUUGUGACAUGACAAUUGCAGUACUUAAGGAACACAACGUGAAGCACCUAAAAAUGUAAGAAAGUUUACCAUGAGUAAAAAAGAACUACCUUGAUAAACCACCGUAAGCAGCCACAAUGGUCACUUUUUCACACCUCUGUUUCUGUUUGUUUCAAUUCUGUGCCUCUUGUAUCCCAGAGCAGCUACUGAACAGAACUUGCGUUGAAAUGUUUUUGUUAUCUAAUGCUUCACAAGUCAAGAACUCAUGAGUUUUUACUUCAUAGUGGGUCUAAUUUGAUCAAGAAUAGAAGGGCCGCUGUAGUUGUUGGUUUGAACGGCCUCUAGCUUCUUCAAGUACUCCACUGGAAGUCCAUUUUGCUCUGCACCCAGACACACCACCUAAAUAACACACAGAGAAAAAGAUAACUAUGAGUGAAAUUGCUGAUCUUUUGAAUGCCUGCUUCAAAAAGCCUUUUAAACAUUGUUGCACGCAGCACACAUGCACUUACCUCUUUGUACUGAGGAGAGGGAGGACAGGGGUGAAAAUUGUUCAUCUGGUACGUCCUGCAGAGCCUCAUACCUUUAUCAGUCUCCACUGAAACCUCCAGUGGGGAGUAUUGUCCCUGCCCCACUCCUUCUUGCCUGCAAAUGAAAAACCAAGGGUUAGAUAAAAUGACAAACUAACAGCUGAAUAAUCCACAGCUGGGCAUUUAUGCGUCUCACCUGUCUAAACUGUUAAGGUUUGCAUUGCUCAAAGUCCAGAUCACCCCCCACACUUCUCUGCCUGGAUGAGACCGGAUUGUGGCCACUCCACCAUGCCAACUGUUGUCCACAUGUUCCUCCCACAGGCCAAAGCUCAGUUCAUAGUCCUGUCAGAAACACAAAAACAGAGGAUGGUGAAAGAGCAAAGAACAAAAGGCUGCAGGCAGAUAUUUUAAAAAGACAUGUCUUUUAUUUCAAGGUGCUAUGUUUGUGUUUUCACCAGUGGCCCCUGUGAGCCUAGUUCGCUCACAGCGUGGUCCAUCAGGAGGGCACCCAGGCCCUGUUGUUGCAGCUGAUUCUGAUGGGGUGGCGUUAAAUCCCCACCAGCCAAUUAAUUUGACAGUAUUAAUUUUCAAACUGCACAGCUUGAAGUGCAAUAACUACUUGGCAAGUUACAUCAAAUAAAUGAAAAGUGCAGAGGUGUUGCUAUGGAUAGGGGAGAGUGGGGUAAGAUGAGCCAUUUUUCAUAUUUCGGAUCACUACAUCAAGGCGAUCAUAGUUCUGUCUCUAACUAGUGUAUCUGCAUGUAUUUCAAGAUGUUGUGCAUCCCUGCAAACCAACAGAAUGAGUGUAAACAGACCUGUUUUGAUAAUAUAGCAUGCCAAAAGUGUUCUCCUAUGGCAAGUUGACCAUAGGAGCGGGGUGAGUUGAGCCGUAUCCCUACUACCCCCCAUCUCCCCAACCCUGGCCAAAUGGCCCAACCUACCCAUGAACUACUAUGAUGACUAUUAGUCCUCUAACCUAAAAUGGUGGACUCUUAUGCUAGGUUUUUGACCUCAUGCUGUAGCUCAUAGAUACCACAAUUGAUGUAUAAAACAAAUUUAACCUUCAGACUCCAUGAAUUGAUGCCCAUCUCCUAAAUAUUCGGUCACAUGAUCUAUCUCUUGGACCAUUUCCAAGCAACAAGGGGCGGCUCAACUUACCCUUUGGCUCAACUUACCCCACUCUCCCCUAUUAGCCGUUACAACGAUUUUAAGCAGCAGUUUAUACGAGCGCCUCUCAACCAGUUUCAUAGAAAUUAUAACCUCAAUACCAUGAUCAUAAAAGUUUAUAAAACAACCAAAACUAUCAAGAAUAUUUAGAGCCUUAACAGCAAACUAAACAGGUCUGUCGCAGAUAAUUCCCACUCAAUGAGAACAGUAUGCAUGAAUGAUGGAAUCUGUGCUGCGUUCAAGAAAGACAAGGUUUACAACUGAACAACACUUCACAUAGGGUGUUCAUAUCGUCGAAAAAUGACAAGCGAGUGAUUUCAGUGAAUGAAGUAAUGGUCAAUAACAUUGUCAGUCUUAUUUUCUGCUCAAAUACUCUGAGUUUGUCAACUCAUGUGGCGUUUACGAGUAAUAAAUGGCACACUAUUAGUAAUGUUAGCUCAUUUCCACGCGGCGUCAACGGCAGCAGCAUUGUUUAAAUGCAAAACGGAACUAUGAUGAAACAAUUACGGUUAUAAUGUGGCGAAACUGUAUUAAUUUCUAUAUUUGCUGUAAAAUGUAGUAGUAGGUGCACUGACCAAUCCAUUACCUUCAAUCGACCGGUAGUGAAAAAUGUCGCUGAGGGGUUUGCCAGCUGAAGUCUCUCCUUCAGCAAGUUGCUCCCAAAAGCGAAAUACAUGAAACGAUCGUUAGUAUCGUCGGACAUGGUUUGGUUUAUCUGCACUGAGCUUUGCCAGCUGGAUGGCACAAUGGAGCACAGCAAGAAGAAAACCUGUGAACAGACAAGUCUGUUUACGAAUGGUGCAGACUUAACUCCUGUCAUGGUGGUUCCUCUGUCGGGGUUAUGGGGCUGGAAUUUAAAGCUACAGUGAAUCACAUCCCGAUCAUUGAGAACAAGACAGGCAUUCAUUUAAACAGUUAAUUCAUCAUUCAGGCAUUUACUCAUAUCUAAUCAAUGAGGUUUUUUUCAUAUAUCAAAUGUUGAUUUACAUUAGGAGGGGAGUACAUCAUGUCCUAACCAAAGGCUCUGUGGUUUGGUUCAUGUUAAUAUACCAUGGCAGGUUAUCGUUGCAUUUUGUACAAGACUGCGUGAAUCCUCAUGACACGAAAUAACGAGAUACUAAGCAGUCACUGGGUAGUCAGAUGCUCCCAAAACAACCGAUUAUUAUUUUACUGCAUGGAAAAUUAAGAUGGCAUCGUUUCAGCUUCACUAUUAUGAUCAUGGGUUCACUAAAAGUAGUUUUCUGUUGCUAUUGUUUAACUCGGGGGUGUCGAACUCUACCACAGCAAGGGCCACAAUCUGGAUUGAAGUCUAACCUGAGGGCCCAACAGGGUCAACGUUUAACCCAAACUGUCAGCCUCCUUUUCAAAAUAUACAUAAGAAAAUCAGCAGUUAUUAUAAACCACUUGGAAAUUCAAAAAGUAAAAAAGAUAAAUUUAUAGGCAAUCUGAGAUAAAAAAAAAAAAAAAGAUAGAUUGGUUCAAAAGAUCAGAACAUGAUAUUAAAAAUAGGGGGAAAAAAUCAUUUUGAAAUCAAGAAUUAAGUCAAAAUAUGACUUAAAAUUGGAAUCUAAAGGAUUAAAAUGACAAAUCUAAAUACUAUGUUGAAAAAAAUCAAAGCACAAAAUAAGAAGUCAAAUCAUGUCUGAUUUGUAAUCUUGAGAUGCAAAAUUGGAACUAUGGAUAAAACAAUAUUUUCCCCACAUUCCUGACUAUUUAUCAAAUCUUCCUUACUCUUUACUUUCCCAAAUUUUCAUGGUUUAUCAAGGAUAUUUUAAAUAAUGGAGCUAAAGUUUACAUUAUUAUACUGGAGGAAAUCUGCAGACCUCUUACUGGUGGGCCAAUAAUACAAAUAUAUGAUCUUGUGGAUCAGAUUUGGCCCCUGGGCCUCGAGUUUGACACCUGUGGUCUAACUGGUGGUUAUGAGGCAACACACAGAUUAUCUGAGGGGGGAAAAACACACUUUACGAUGAAGGGUCUUAUAUCACUAUUUAAGAAAACAAUACUUCUGUAGGUAACCUGUUAUAGUCUUUAUGUAAAUGUGCUUUUAUCAAACUAUGCCAGUUUUAUAGCAAAGAGAUGGACUAUAAAACUAUUCUUAGAUGUAAUGUGAUCCAUGAAUAGAUUGUGACAUAAAAGAAUAUUUAAGUUCAUAAAUAGAAAUAGUUUGGGGUCUAAAAUACAGAGGUAUUACACCUAGUUUGUAUAGAUUUUCAUUUGUCAAUUAGCACUUACGUAAAACUUAACUAUUGAAAUACUUUAUUCAGCCACAAAAUGAAAACACAUUUUCGUAUAACAAAAUCAACCAUUACCAAAAGUUAAAAUAAUUCAGAGUCAUGUUUAUCCACUAAGGGAUUUUAAUGUACAAAAUAGGAAAACAAAAACCGAACAAAAGCACAUGAAAAUUCACACCGCGCUCCUUUUGUGGAAAGAAAAAAGAAAAAUCCUGUACAAACAGCGGCUGACAGCAAAUGUACAGCCAGGUGAUCAUCUCCUCGGACCACCCCUGCCUCGUCCUCUUCCUCUGCCGCGCCCUCGUCCUCUGCCUCGUCCCCGUCCAGCCACUGAAAAGACAGAAGAGAGAGAGUGAGAAACAAGGGUAAAACAUUCACCAGCAUGCCGAGUGUUACCUAACAUUAACUUAGUCUAGUGGAAUGCAAAUCCCUGAAAGACGUGAGAGUAAAGGAAUAAACACAUAUAAGAGGCAAUCAAGGUAGUUAAAGUUAUUACAAACAGCACUGCUAUCAACUACAACAGUGAGGUCAAUACUCCCUUUAUCAAUUACAAAUGUGGCCUCAAAUAAAACACUGGCUCUCAUACAGUCCUCUCCUUUCAACAGGUAAAUGCUCAUUCAGAGUGUUACUAAUCAAUGACAGCAGCUGACAUUUGGUUAAUUAACUUUGCCCAACUUGACCAACUCAUGACCAGGAAAACUGAACUCUGAACUCAAAGUAUUUUGACAUAGAGGAUGACAAAACAUGCUGUGUAAGAAAUCUAAUGUUAAACGUGAUAUUAAAAAAAAACACGAGUCUGGUGCUUAACCACUUUAAGCACAGAGACAGGAGAGACAUGAUAGGAAGUCUUGCGUCACAGCAUUUGCUAGUUCUAUUGGCAGACCCGGGGUGGUGAUAGCUGGAGCACAAGCCUCUAUCACAGCGUACAACUACAACAUGGGCUCUUUGCUCUGCUCGGGGUUUGCAACCUUUGGAUUGUACAUGCUCUGCCGCAUGGAACUGAAAGAUUUGAGGUAUUCCCCAACUUUGCGAGAACAUGUACUCGACAUAAUUUGCAGUCCACAUUACUCUGCUUCAUGUCCAACCUAGAAACCCCGCACCGCUAACGUUUUCUUGCCAGUGUUGUUGGCGAUAUCAUCAUAUGUUGAGCCUUCUUCUGCAUUUCUGUCGGGGACAGCACUCAUUUUCUUUCUUUUUUGCUGUUGGCUUCACGUGUUAAAGUGCUAUGGUUGCGUGUAGCUGCAGCCUGCUACUAUGCAGAUGUUUGCACAACAGAAUUGAGGGCUGUAACCACAGACUCAUGGAAAGGCCUCACCAUAGAGUUGUACCAUCAAGUGUUAUUUCAUUCAUUACUGUGAAGUGAAGACUGCUCUUCUUGAGACAUGCAGUGCUGAUGAACUGAUACUGCAGAAAUCUUAGCUGACUGGUUCAAAAAUGUAUAUUUUGCAAGUACUCGAUUCCUUGAACGCAGGGAUGGAAUUGCUCAUUCUUAGUGACUACUGAGCUGGCACAUAUCUACUCUCUAAAACUUGUUUUUAGAUGUAUUUUUAUCUGUUCAGUUAAUAUCAUUUUCUUGUUUUAGUCCGUCAGGUUUUAAACUUAAUUUUUACCAUUUUUAUCUUUAUCUCCAGUGUUUCCCAAAGGUAGCUCUUUCCUCACAUGAUGUCUCGAUGUCAGGCCAUGUCCCUUUAACAAUUUAUCUUAAAUUCUCACUUUGUGAGCGCUUGUGUGGCUGAGUGAGUGUCUUUGUGUGUGUCUGUGUGGUCCGUGGGUGGGUGUGUGAGUGGGAGGGUCAGUUUUAUUGUUGUUUUUAGUCUGAAAAGUUGAAUUUAAGUUUAAAGCAGACCAUGGAUCAGACCAGUUUGCUGUGUUGUUGUUGUUGUGCUAAACUCUUAGAUGAUGUAAACACACUGCUCACCUGCUUCCCUCUUCUUGGACUUAAUCUUCGGCUCGAUGUCAACCAGUAAGGUGUCCAGUGGGAGGCUGUCGGGAAGGAUGAAGUAGCGAAUAUUGUUGCCACGGAUACUCAGUGAUUCCAGCUGGGUAGGCUCCCUGUUUUUCAGGGUCAUCUUCACCGCUUUGAGGUGGGUGUUCAUGCUCACAUCAACACCUGAAAGAGAAUACACAGAGCUUAAAAACUUAAAGUGAAUGAGCAAACUGCUCUCUGGUGGUAUAUCUGAAUGGAGGCUUUACUGUGAAAGUGGCCCUACCUGUAAUGGUGCCGUGGACCUGGGUGCCAUUCUUCAAUUCAAUGGUAACCGUCUCAUGGCUGAGCUUCAUCAAAAACCUGCAAAUAACACAAAGCAAGUCAAGUUAUGUGAGCAUAUUGGUCUAUAAAGUGAACCAAAAUCUACACUGCACUUUCUAGAGUCUUGUCCCAGUUGUUGUGACUCCUUGCAAGCGCCUUUCAUUUCAUUCAUCGCUUCCCGCCCGUUUGAAUCUACACCAAUCCUUCACUAUCACAGUAUUUCCAUCGAUUUUUAUUACUGCAAUCGAUAAACUGAAACUUUUCACGGGCUCUCACCUGACUAGUUUCAUGAUGGUGAUAAACUGUAGAGAAAAAUUCUCCACCGAAGAAAAAAUUGCAACGACCGAGUAAAAACACAGGCCGCUGUUGAAUCAAAUACGUUGCGGUUGAACGGAAAUGAUGUCAUUAGUAAGCGCCAUAGAGAAGAACUUUUGCUGAUGACGACAGCGCCCCCUAACAAUGGAGGUAUGUAAAGCGCUAAUAUAAUCUCCACCUUUUCAAGUAACAAUCUGUCGAAAUUUACAUCACUUUACUUCGUGUUUUAUAAUUCGUCAGCGCAAAAUUUUAAUCGAAAGAAGGCACAUCCGCAAAAUGUCCCUAAAAUGAACGUGUGCUUGUGAGACAGACCUGAGAAAUCAAGGGGGGAAAGUGAACCAGCUGGGGGUAAACUGAUCCACUUAUUUUUUCCACUCUGAAACUGCUGUAACGACACAUUGAAAACAUAAUGGUCACAUGACCACAGUGUGUCUUUUAAUUACCCUGUAAGUUGUCUUUGAGUGCCCUGAAAGGCGCCCACAAAUAAAUUUUAUUAUUAUUAUUAAAUGUGUUCCGUUGCCUAGAUACAAGGAGUGUCUCACAUUACCUCAAUGUAUCUAGAAUUUUCUAACAUUUCAACUUGCUCAUUUAAAAAUCAUAUCAAGAAUAACUAGAGGAUCUGCUUCAAAAAUCUCUUCAAAUUUGAUAUUUUAGUUCCCACUGUUGGCCGUUAGAUGGCACUACAGAGCUGUUAUAACAAGUAUUUUCCACCACCGUGUUGAUUUCAAUUCAAGUAAAUAUCAAGACUGUUCUUUUGAAUGGACAAAAAUGUCAUGAUUUGUCUAUCUUAAUUGAGGACAGUUUGAAAGAACUAUAAUAAAGUACUGACCAAGUUCUGAAUGACACUGAACAAGAAUUAUUCUCACGACUUUCCAAAAAUAUUAAGUUUGAGAAAUAUUUACCCCCCCCUCCAUUUUGCAGAUUUCUGUUGCUGUGCCUUUGGGGAAUCCCAGUUGAAGAAAAACUCUCGGCAACACACUUUCAGCUCUUUUUAUUGAGAGUAAACUUUGCACUGAGACUUUCAUUUACAGUUUUGGCCGCACAUCAAACCUCCUUUAUGGACCCACAGGGAAUGUAUCAAGUAUAAUCUAUGAGAGUGCAAUUUCAUUUCUUCUGAAUUCUUAAGUGGUUGGCUGAGGGAUCGUCAAAGUAGAAACAUUAAAUAUGAAGUACAAAAAUGGCACACCACAAAUUAAAAUUAAAAUCAGGAAAACAAACAAAAAAAAUAUCUUAAUAAUAUUAAAAGCCUCACUCAUCAGUCCUCCCCAUUCGAUAAGUUAAACACAACAAAAGCAUGCUUGUGAAAAUUAAAGAAAUCUGCGUUUUCAGUGUGUAUUCUCAGCCAACAAUGCAACCAAAACUUUUAGUGUGCAGUCAUUUUAAACACACGACCCCUCAAGGAACAAAGUCUGAAAUAUCAGGGGCGUCUCAUCUCAGAAGGCAAAUGAUUAUGAAAUGUCUUCAUAAGCACCUUCACAGUGUAAAUGUUCAACACAGAGAGGAAGAGGUGGUUUGUAGUUCCCUGGAGCACUUUCAACAACUUUCACACUGUGUUAUCAAUAAUUAGAGUGAGAUAUGGAUACGUUUGUGGAGCAGAGGGAGAAAUUUCAACAGACUCAGUUUGCUUUUUAGGCAGGAUAUUUGUGUUUACCCUAUGAUUAAAGAAUGAUCAAAACACUUCAAUAUCCAGCAUUUCAGUCCCCUAAGCACUAAACCAAAUCUCAAACACAGCAGGCAGUGUUUUAACUCUCUUGUAAACAUUACAGCUGGGCGAUACAGUCUGGCUCAAAGAUAAUCAGAUUAGGAAAACAAAGGUCAAUCCUCUAAAGUUUUAUACAUAGAAGUUUUUAAUUAAAUUGGAACUAAAAAAAAGUUUAAAAGAAAACAAAUUAUUCAAAUUUCAGUCAAACUGAGAAAAAAGUAUAGAUAAGUUUAAGGAAAAAAUAAAAAAUGUGCAUCAAAAAACUCUUUAUGUGGCCAUGAGUCCCCCACCACCACCAUCAUCAUCAUUAAAGAUAAUUCUCAUGUGUUCGAAUAGCAAUGACACUAAUAAAUAGAGACAAAAAAAGACAAAUACAAACAAAAAGGCACACAGACCAGAUGACUCUGGUCUUAUCUUAAAAUAGAUCUUUUUUUUUUUUAAGAAGGAAUUAAAAAAAGAAAAAAGAAUUACAGUAAAAACCCGACCCAGCUCCCGACCAUCACCAGCAUACUGUACCAGCCAUCAGUAGUGGAUAAAAGCUAUAUUUGAAACAAACUACAUGUGUGUUUCUUUACAGUAUUUUCUGACUGCUUUGGCUUGGUAUGAUUGAACAAAGUGACGAAAUUAAAAUCACUCAGAAUACAGACACCUCUUUGUUAAAUCAGUGAAAAGAUAUUCUGCAGUAAGGAAAUACGGUGGACUACAUUUAUGGUGUGUAUUUUGACUUGUCCUGAUGUGAAAUAUACUGUAGUGUCAUCAGAAUCUGCAUUUUUAAAGGAACAUUUAAUUCUUAUUUCUCACAUCGGACAAAAAAAACAUCUUUGUUAAUUGAAUAACUUUAUAAUUUUGUGAUUUCAAUUAGCUGGAUUGAGCGCUUUUUAAAUACUAUCAAUUGUCCAAAUAGAAUAAAAACAAUUAAUCACUUUUACUUUGACUCAGAAGUUCUUCACAUUUUCUGGUCAUUCCUUUAAGUUUAACCUCAUUCCUUUUUCUGAGGGGUUUCAAAAAGGACAGCACUGCUUAAGGAUACAUGACAAUACACUUCAGUGAUUUGAUCAAGAUGUCCUCAUGAAGUAUCUUGAGUCCUGCUUAAGCUAUAAAAUUAUCAUUUGACGUUCAGAGUUUGUCAUGUUGAAACUCUUAUUGUGAAAACUCAGCCAAACCAAUAGAAUAGAGCAUUUACGGAUGAAAACUCGUCUUUUUUUUUAUAAAGGUAGAAAAUGAUCUUGAAAUGGUAGCAAGAUGGUGCAGUGAGUGUAAAAACAACAAGCACCUGUAGCACUGGAGCAUCUUUGAACAAUACAUCCACUUCCCAGUUCUCACUGGUUCUUAAGGUGCUGCUCUCACCUCUGACUUCUCUAUCAUUUUUGUGGUGUUACAAAACAAUAGUACUGUUAUAGGCAUGUUGUUCUGGUGUUCAUUUCAGCCUACCAAAAGGACAGAUCAGUAGUAGUGUGUUAGCUCUCUAUCAAAGCAGGCACAGUGUGCAUGAAGGUCCAAAACUCUGAAUCAGGCCCUCUGAUUGUACAGUACGCUAAAACCAGCUCCGAGGUUGUGGUUAUCGUCGUAUUUGGCUCUGGGAGCUGUGAACAGGCUCUUGUUUGGGUCACUUUGUUCAGGCUUAAAAGGAGGCUUUCGGCAUAAUCAGCACCAAAACGUCACCCUGGAUGAACUGAGGAGGCAAACACAGGAGGCAGAGGCAGGGGGGGGAAUAAAUAAAAACAAACAUGUGCAGCAUUUUAUGAGUUAUGAUAUCAGUAGCUUUCCAUUGAUGUACUUUGUUUUAAACACUCAUUUGUUUCAAAUAAUAAUUCGUCUACUUUUUCAGAGCAGACAGAAGCACUUAAAAAACUGCGUAUGACAUCAUCUUUACUGGACAAAGUCCGCAGGUCUUAAUGUCCUCUCUACAUAAAGUAUAAUACACACAGUAAACACAGGACCCCCAGAAACCCACAUCUCUCACUGAGACGUCAACGUUACACUUCCCAUCACUGCUCCUCUCUAGUUCUUCCUUCCUUUCAUCUCUCUCUAUCCUUUCUCAUUUUCUCUUUUGUACUUUCCUCGGCCUUUUCUCAACGCCCGCUUUGCCGCUGUCACACCAGGUGCACUUGCUCCUCCCACUCCUCAGGUGAUUGGUCCCCCUCUAGCUGCACAAUGAGGUCCAAGUCUCUCUCUGUGGCCGGGGCAGUGUGUGCGGGACUGUUUUCGCGUUGGGAGUGCAGGCAAGGGUGUGUGUGCGCUUCGUCCAGCGACAGGUCAGCCACACACCCUGCGCCCGCACCCUCCUGAACCACCUCUCUGUUUUCCAGCUCCAGGGUGCUCGGCCUCGACGUCUUGGGUCCCUCUGAGCCCGCUGCACCUUGAUGGGGACUCGCUGACCCUCUCUCCGCCUCUGGCUCGCCCUCCAGGGGCUGCCAGACAGGAGCAGGGGUGGGGUCCCUGGAGGUCUGACUCUCUGUCUCAGUCUCAGUGUGCGUUUCUGGAGAGGAGUCAGACUCCGUGGUGGGCGGAGAGGGGAUGAGGGCGAGGCUCUGCGGGUUGUUCUGGGGGUUGAUGUUGUUGUUGAACCAGGCCAUGAUGUUGUCCAGCAGCUGGGCACUGGCGGUGGGGUCCAGGGCCUCCAGGCUCUGAGGGUCGCUGGGGGUGAAAGGGCCCCCGGGUGGGAUAACUGGGGAAAGAAGAAGCUCCGGCUCGAGCUCCGGAGAUGGGAGGCACAACUGGGCGGGGGGCUGGGGGUCUGGUUUGGGAGGGUGUUCAAGAGCGCAGGCAACGGGACGCUCCUGAGUGUAAGAGCUACUGUGUUCUGGGAGGGGGGUGUAAGAGCUGUCUGGUUUUGGGGGGCCGUCGUACGUGGCUGCGUGUUCCCGGUUGUAGGAACUUUGAUGGGCGGGUUUCUGGGUGCGUUCGGUGUGUUCGGCCUCGGCUAAAUAAGCAGUGGGGUGGCAGUAACUCUGCUCUUUGCUGUUAAAGCGAGGGUCCGUGAUGGUGAUAUGGUUGAGCACAUACGGAGCGGGGAGUGCACUCUGGUCGGGUCUAUGGCUGCAGCCGCUGUACGCGGGCUCGCUGCUGCUGUAGGGGGCAGUGAGUGUACUGUGGUUGUAUGUGUGGUGUGAGCACAGCUGCUCCUGAGUGCGCGUGUCCAGGUCGUACGGAGUGGUUAUGUUCCCCAGUUUCAUAAGGCUGUCUCCCAGCUCCAGCAACUCCGCACUGAGAGAUGGAGGCGGGGGAGGGAGGGGGAGGGAGUUGGAUGAGGGAGGCUGGGAUGUGGAGUCUGUCCUGUUAGGGGGACGGGGAGGAUCCAGGAGAGAGGUGGGGAAGGAGGGGCCUCUGGCUCCAGGAGGACCGUCGGCGUUGAGGGCGUGCAAAGCGACACUGCCCAGAUCUCCCGCAGGACCCGUCCUCCUCUCCUGUCCUCUAUCCAGUCCGCCGACCAGCUCCACACGUCCCUCCAUGCCCCUCUCCAGGCUCCGCUCUCUUCUUGACUCCUGCAGGGAAAGCUGGAUGGCGAGGAGGAUGUUCGGGUCAUCUUCAUCCAGCGAGCCCAGCGCUCUCCUGCGACCUUCGCCUCGCUCCGGUCCUUCUGGAAAAAACACAACAUCGCAUUUGAACGAGGACUGCUUUGUAUGGCUUGAUGCAUAUCGAUCCCAGCGAUCAAUGUGUCUGCGUUCUUCCAGAAAACAAGAUUCAUGGAGCUAUAACUUUAAAUCCCAUUUGCUGGUUGUCAGGUGUAAUGACAAGUCAGAAUUUAUAAGUGGGGGCAGAACAGAGUUGGAUUAGGAUCAAGUGUUUGUACAAAUAUGCUGUUAUAGAUGAUCUGUUGUUUAUGGGGUACGAUAUGUGAGUGAAAGGGGUGCUUAAUUUCAAAAUGCCUCGUCCUGUAUGUACGUGGAAAGAGCUGAAUGUAGGAAAUCAUGUUAGAUAAAGAUCGUGGUGUAAUAUAUUAAAAGAUUUUUUUUUGCAGACCUAUGUUGUCACUCCUCCUGCUGGUCUCUGGCGUGUUGCUGCUGCUUCUCAGAUUGUGCAGACUCAGCAUAUCUCCCCUGCGCCGUGGCCUGUGUCUGCGGCGGUACUGAAUGUCAGCAUAAUCCUGCAAAGAGUGAUUCAAGCUGCAUUAGUACAAAGC